AUGGCAACACCGAAUAUUAAUAAGGGUCGAUGUUUGCGUUAUAAGUCAGAUCUACAGAAGGAACCUCUUCUUCAACCAGCAUCAACAGUAACAGCUACCGAACCACGUCACAGUUCACUGUCAAUAUGGAUUUCUAUUUCUUUACUUCUUCUUAUAUUAUAUAUUGUUUAUCGACGACGUCAAAAUAAAUCCGAUGACGAUACGGAAAAAGACGAGCAAACUGCAGCAGCUAUCAAUGAAAAUAUUUCUACACGUGACCAAUCUGAAUAUCGUUUGUCAGCUGUGCCAGCAUUGCCAACAAUAGUUGAAGAAAAUCCAAUUACAUUAACUCCAUCAAAUUCAAAUCAAACUUUAACUCCGUCGCCUUCUUCAACAACAACUAGUCCAGCAUACACAAAUACAUUAGAUGAUAAUGACAGUGCCCAUAUAUCAUCGACAUUUUUACGCCAACGUAAAAAUCAAGAAGCUGAUAUUGAUGGCAUUGAUGAUUAUGUUCAAAUACCUCCGAUAAUACAAGAAAAACCGUAUUAUAUCAGUAAAGAUUCAACAAAGCUAGCUAGCGAGCUGCCAGCAAUAAAAAAUGAAGCCGGCCAUCCGGUGAUAUAUCGAAAAUUUUGUACACCUCAUGAGAAUGCAAUUAGAGAUGAUUUUUCAACAAUCGAAGAAAUAAAUCAAGCUGUCAAAGAUGUUGGUUUAGUUCGUUCGCAACUUAUCUUUGGCAUUGAUUAUACAAUAAGUAAUUUAGAAACAGGCAAACAUUCUUUUAAUGGCCAUUCAUUACAUCAUAUAGAAGAAGGUCUACUUAAUCCGUAUCAAAGUGUUAUAACUAUCGUUGGACGUACAUUAGAAAAAUUUGACUCCGAUAGUUUAAUACCAGCGUUUGGCUUUGGUGAUCGAACAACACUUGAUCGAAAAAUAUUUCCUCUACGUCCUGAUGGUAGCUAUUGUAGAGGUUUUCGUGGUGUACUAGAUGCAUAUAAUAAAAUUACGCCUAGAGUACGCAUGUCUGGGCCAACUAAUUUUGCACCAUUAAUUAAAGAAGCUAUUCGAAUAGUGAAGAAAACAGGACAAUAUCAUAUUGUUGUUAUUGUUGCUGAUGGUCAAGUAACAAAUGAACGACAAACAAAAGAAGCUGUUGUUGAGGCAAGUAAUUAUCCGUUAUCAAUUGUUAUGGUCGGCGUCGGCGAUGGACCGUGGGAUAUGAUGAAAGAAUUCGAUGAUUCAUUGCCUACGCGAAACUUUGAUAAUUUUCAAUUUGUUAACUAUAACAGUAUUGUUCAAGUCUCAACUAAUACCGAUGCUGAUUUUGCUUUAAAUGCCCUUAUGGAAAUACCAUCGCAAUAUGCAGCAAUUAAAAGACUUGGCCUUCUCAAAGACAAUACACAUGAAUAG